CAAGAAGUCUAAGAAACAGAGUGGGUAUUCGAUCAAUUCCAUCCAUCUCUUCUACGUGCUUUCUUUCAUCCACUACUUACACACUGCGAGCCUUAUAUCAUCGAUCCAUGUCAUCGUCGUCUUCCUCAAAGAGACACUGGCCCAGCAUGUUCAAGUCCAAGCCCAAUCCGUGGCACCGCCACUGCAGUGACAUAACCGCCGGAGGCGGAGGACUCGCCGGCCGCGGCGGUUGUGAUCAAGAGAGCAGCCGGAGUGGGCCGGAGCCCAAAGCGAGAUGGAAUCCGAAGCCGGAGCAGAUUCGCAUUCUUGAAUCCAUCUUCAAUUCCGGUAUGGUGAAUCCUUCCAGAGAUGAGAUUCGGAACAUCAGAGUCAAACUUCAAGAGUUCGGUCAACUGGGCGACGCCAACGUCUUCUACUGGUUCCAAAACCGAAAAUCAAGAACCAAACACAAACUCCGGCAGCUCCAAACCUCCUCCGCCCUCUCCCCGCCACUGCCGCCUUCGUCGCCUCCGCAACAGCAACGAAAAACCCACACUCCUUUACCCCCACCGCCUCCUCCUCCGCCUCUUCCUCUCAUCGACCCAUCAGCUUGUGGUUUUGGUUCUUCAGGGGAUGAUACUCCGGCGAGCCUUUUGCUCGCCCAGCUAAUGUCCGACUACCCUCCACAGACGGCGGCAAAAUCAACAGUGUUGGUAAGUGGAGACAUGGCAUUGGAGGUGGCGGCGGCGGCACAUCUCAACGUGAAGGCGGCGUUUGGUGAUGACGCGGUGCUGAUACACUACCCGUCCGGCGAGCCCCUCCUCACCGAUGAAUGGGGAGUGACCGUGAAUCCACUUCAGGACGGUGCUUACUACAUUUUAGUUCGGGCGUAAUAUUUGAACUUAUAGAAAUAUAAUGACACUCGAUUGGGUUUCAGUUUCUUAACUAUCUGAUUUAUGGACUUAUUCUAUGUACGUAAUUCUAUAAUUCUAUUAUCGUUCGCGAUGUAUCGUAAGCUCUUUUAUUGCAACCUCUUCUUAGCAAUUUAAUAAAUUAAACUAAUUAACAUGUCAUGUUUAACACGUUCUUUUUUGUAUCGUUCCAAUUAAUUCU